UUGUUCUCGGACUAGCUUCGCGUUGGAAUUUCUCCUCAAUCGAAACGUGUUUUUUGAGGUUUUUUGAGUUAUUUUUGUGUUUUUGAGUGAAAAAAAAAUGCCACAGGAUGACGAAGGAAAUAAUGAAAAAAAAAACGAAAAAAAGAAAUGCAGAACUUGUAGUUUGUCGUUUCCUAGAAACGAUUUCGCCACACAUUCAACCUCUGCCGAACACAAAAAAAGAAAAGAAGAAAUGGAAAACAAAGAAAUAGUGUGUAAAAUAUGCGAAGAAAAAUUCCUGAUAAAAAACUCGAAAGAGCACAAAAAAAGUGAAAAACAUUUGGAGGCUGAAAAACGCAAAAAAGGAGAAGACAAGUGCAAAACAUGUGGUGAAAAAUACCUCAAAUGUCAAUUAAAAAAACACAAGAAAACUCUCGAACACAAAAACGCCGUUUCCAAACUCAAACCACCUGAAAAAUUUGAGGAAAAGUCAAAAAUCCGUGAAACUUAUUUAAUCCGAGCCGAUGUUGCCUUCCCAGAAGCACAUCAACUCUAUUUCAACAUGUUGACUGUGUUUUAUGCUCUUCGUUUUUCCCUCGAAAACGGAAAUAAAAACUUCAAAAUUUCAUUAAAUGACGAAAAAUGGGACAAAUUCGGCGAUAUUGUCUUUGAAACAGCGUCAGAAAUCCAUGCUUUGCAAUGCAAAAAAACCCAAACUAGAAAUUCUAUCACAACAGAGACUUUGAGUGCGGAAAGUGGCAUAUUUAGUAUCAAGGAGCAAUGUCAAGUGUUGAAAAAACUACGCGAGAAGAAAGAGUACGAAAAAGUGGCUUUUAAGCUCUUCACUGUGAGCUUUUUCUCAAGUGAAAGUGUCGAAUUUGAGUUGAAAAAAAGCAAAGAGGAGGUUGAACAAUCAGAAAACAAUGAUCUUCCAAGAAAAGAAAAGAUCAUAGAAUCAGAAAAUAAAGAUGUUUCAAGAAAGGAAGAAAAUGAAGAUCUCCCAGGAAAAGAAAAGACCAACAAAUCAGAAAUUAAAGAUCUUCCAAAAAAAGAAGAAAUUGAACAAUCAGAAGAUCUAAGAAAAGAAGAAAUCAAGCUUUCAGAAAAUGAAGAUCUUCCAAGAAAGGGAAAGACCAAGCAAUCAGAAAAUAAAGAUCUUUCACAAAAAGAAGAUAUAAGACAAUCAGAAAAUAAAGACCUUUCAAAAAAGGAAGAAGUCGGACAAUCAGUAAAUGAAGAUCUUCCAGGAAAAGAAGAGACCAAGAAAUCAGAAAAUAAAGAUUUUCCAAAAAAAGAAGAUAUUGGACAAGCAGAAGAUAAAGAUCUUGGAAGAAACGAAGAAAUCGAGCUUUCAGAAAGUGAAAAUCUUCAAAGAAAAGGAAAGACUAAGCAAUCAGAAAAUAAAGAUCUUCCACGAAAAGAGGAGAUAAGACAAUCAGAAAAUGAAAAUCUUUCAAAAAAGGAAGAAAUCGGACAAUCAGAAAAUAAAGAUCUUCGAGAAAAAAAAGAGACCAAGGAAUCAGAAAAUAAAAAUUUUUCAAAAAAAGAACAGAUUGAACAAUCAGAAGAUAAAGAUCACGAAGAAAUCAAGCUUUCAGAAAAUGAAAAUCUUCCAAGAAAAGGAAAGACCAAGCAACCAGAAAAUAAAGAUCUUCUAAGAAAAGCAGAAAUCAAGCUUCCAGAAAGUGCAAAUCUUCCAAAAAAAUUAAAGACCCAGCAAUCAGGAGAUAAAGAUCUUAGAAGAAGGCAAUCAGAAAGUGAAGAAUUCGAUUGGAAGGAAGGCAAACUCAAGAUUGCGCAAUCGAAGCAUAAAAGUCUUUUCAACACCACUGGUGAUCCCGAUGAUACUUUUGUUGUAAAAGUUGAAAAUUGUGAUAAAAAGUUGAAACAAGAUUUGGACAAGUUUCGUAUCUUUAUCAAUCAGAAAAAAAUCAACGGUUUGGAGUUUUCGAUAAAAAAGAUGAUAAGAGAUGAGUUUGGGGAAGUUUGUGAUGUUUGUGAUUGUUUGGUGAAAUUUGUGAAAAUUUUUUUUCAAACAAACGAACGAAGAAAACACAAUUUCAAACUGACUAAAAAUGAUUUUGUGAUCAAACUUUGCGAACUCUUAUUGGAGCCUUUCCACAUUAUUCCUGAUGUCAAAAUUGAAGAAAAAGAUGAAAAUUUGUGGGUGGAGACAAUCAAGGAUUUUGAUAUUGUGAUGGUGAAGAACAAUCCAGAUAUCGUUGAAAAAAUCUACUCGAUAAUCAAUUUCACUGUCAAAAAAUUGAUCCAAACUGACCUUAAACCAGGUCAAAAUGUCAAAAUCGAGAAAAACAAAAUCGAAAACGAUAACCUCAAAUCGGAAUUUUUCGAUUUAAUGUCAACAGAAUCACGUGACCUAACCUUAAAUCAAAUCUACUUGGCAUUAUGGAGACUGGGUUUGGUACCAAUGGUACUCAAAGUCGAAAAUUUCGACCAUCUCGACCAAAUCCUCAAAAUCACAAACUUCCUCAAAACUGUCGUUUCCCGCCAAUUUAUCAUCAGUACCGACCUCAAACCUCAAUUUCCCUCAAAUCUGAAAUAUUUCCAAAAAUUGAGUGACGUUCAAAACCCAAUUUUGAGUCCCAAAUUCAAAAUUUUCAAUUUUGAGGUUUCACUCAAAGAAAUGUGUGACCUCAAUAAUGAUUUCUUGCAAAAGUUGACACCGGAUGACUUUUUAAACAUUUUGUGUCAAGAUUUCUGUUUCAAGGACACUCAAAUGACCUUGACGAGUGACAUUGUCGACAAAACUUGGGUUUUGAGUGACGAAAAUAUCAAAAAAAUUCAAAAUGGGGACGAAAAAUCGCCAUCUUUGAAAUAUUUGAUCAAUGACGAGGAGGGGGUACGAUAUAUUGAGGUACCACCCGAAUUUUGAACACCCUGUAUUUGUACAAAUAAAUGUUUUGAACCA